UCGCGGUAAUACCUGUGAAAUCAUCAGUCUGUUGAGCUCCUGUUUAAAUUAACAGCUCCUUGUUCAUAUUCACCUUAAUUUAAAAAGAAUCGACAAUAUACUGUAAAGAGAAGCGGAAGGAGGCGCUUUGUUAAUUUCCACUCUAAACAAUGGCCGAGUCUACGCUUCGUGACCAUAAACAAUCAGAUAUGAAUAUAUUAAAGUAAGACGAGCGUUCCAAGGCGGCUGGAAUGUGACAAGCUUGUUGUGAUGUGAACUGAAGAGUUAAGUUACGAGAACCCUGGACCUGUAUAAGGGUAUGAACGAUUUGAUUUUUCACCUUGUGAACAAUAAUAAGACGCUUUUGCUAUAAGCGCUCAGAAAACCGAGUUAUUUUUGAAACCGGGUCAAGAAAUUUUCAGGUUGUGGAAUCAGUCGCGGAUUUAAUGCGCGCUGUUAAAGGAGUUCAUUGUUCAAUCAUACAAAGCGCACAGGUAAACUAGGGACUGCGGGAGAAAGGACAGGAACAUAAAUACAUGCAGGUACGUUGUAUUGUUGAAAGAGCUGAUGAUUGAGAGCCCCCAUGGCACUUAGACCUUUGACUGCAAUCUUCGCGUCUGUCCUGCUGCUGGGAAUAUCAGAGCGGAGCCUUGCCUUACAGAUAGACGUUAUCCCCGAUAUCGAGGUCAAUCAAGGGGACACCUUUACACUGUGGUGCAAUGUGACAGGUGCGCCGUCCCUGUCUCUUGGUUACUUGCUCACAUAUACCAAGAAGGCUGUAGAAUGGUGUACAAUUUAUACAUAUAGCGGGUCAUAUCUACAAUUUGACGGAGAGUGUCUAGAUCGUUAUCCUGCGUUUAGAUUUCGAGUGGUACCUACAGGCUCCACGAACUUUGAGCUCUCCAUGUCGGGAGCGGCUACGACUGAUGCCGGAGACUACAGGUGUAAAUUUGCUCCCCGCAACGAAGCUCAGAGCACCUCAGAGAUUAUAAGAGUAACAGUACGAGAGAAUCCCACCACUGUUCAACCAACAACUGCAGCGCCGCCUACAACAUUGUCUCCCACUACAGUAGCACCGACUACAACAGUUCAGACGACAACAGAAGCGCCACUGACUACAACAGUGUCGCCACCUACAACCACGACAACACCGAUACCAAGCACGACGACAGAGCCACCAACAACCACUCAGUCAACUACUGACUCAACUACGACAAUUCCGCCCACAACCAAACCUGCCACAGAAAGUACCCAACCAACCACCCAAACAUGGACGUCAUACAACACAAACGGGACAGGGGACAUAAUGACCAGUCGUCCCCACAUUGCCAUUUCCACUACAACUGUCCCAGAGGAUGUGACCACGACGGUUGACCCACAUGAAGGACAGGAUCACUUGGACUGGACGGUUACUGGGAGGUCCGUUCACACCGUAGAAACCACGGGCGCUAUAGUGGGCGGUGCUGUCGGAGGUAUUGUGCUGAUUUCCAUUGUGAUCAUAGGAGCGGGAAUCUGCUUCUAUCGGAGAAAGAUAAACAAAUUAAAGAGACGCACCACUGCUUCCAGUAGACGCAAUUUAACUGACUGCAAUGGGGGAUACGAAGUUCCUGUUUCCAACGAAGAAUUGGCGCUAGGUUACAGCUCUCUGCCCAGGCCGGAGAACCGCGCCCUGAAGAACGUGUACGCUACUAUAGGAGACGAGGAGGGCUACGAGGUUCCCAUUUCAGCUAUAGAGCAACCAACUUAUGCCAAGAUGCAGCCUCGUUCUAAAGAGUUUACAAUGGCCGACUUGAAGCUGGUGUCAGAGCUUGGUCAUGGACAUUUCGGCACAGUGUAUACAGCAGUGAUUAAGACGCAAACCAGCUCCCUCCCUGAAGGAACGCAGGUGGCCGUCAAAAUGCUGAAAGGUGACGCAUCUGACACGGAUCGCAAGAAUUUCCUGAAAGAAAUCGACAUAAUGGAUUCUAUGCCUAGCCAUGAGAACGUGGUGCAGCUGUUCGGGUAUUCCUCAGCAGAUUGUCUGUCGGCUUUCCUGGUGUUGGAGUAUCUUUCUCGUGGCAAUCUGAACACAUAUCUCCGCAGCAGUCGAGGUUUGGAUGCCUUUGGUAAUAUUGGGGACUCUACGAAUAUUCUGUCUCUGGAAGACUUACUUCACUGUGCUCUUGACGUGGCCAGGGGGAUGGAUCACGUCUGCAAAUAUGGGUACCUCCACAGAGAUCUAGCGGCAAGGAACAUAUUAGUUAGCGACAAACGUGUCUGCAAAGUUUCGGACUUUGGACUUUCUCGGGACGUCAUAGAUUGCCGCGCUUACUUGAGCUGCUCUAAGGGCCCGCUUCCCUUGCCAUGGAUGGCCCCCGAGUCCAUAUCAGAGAGCAUCUAUACCAGCCAAAGUGAUGUCUGGGCAUACGGGAUAGUACUGUGGGAGAUAAUGACACUAGGUGCCACCCCGUACCCAGGUAUUGCCUCGUUUGAGGACUUACAGAAGAGAAUUAAACGAGGCUACAGGAUGGAGAAGCCCGAGGAGUGCCCUACAGAGAUGUAUAACAUCAUGCUGCACUGUUGGCAGGCAGAGCCACGAAGCCGCCCCUCAUUUAACCAACUUGUACAGACUCUGGAGCUCCUCAGCAAGGACGAGAAGUUUGCGUCGCUAAACGAUGAAUAUGUUAGGCUGAGGACUACAACGUGCUGAGACUUGUUUGACCUGUAAUUUGAUAUCUCAGUGAUGUUUUGGCGGAUCAUUAGUUCAUUUCUACAGGGUUAUCAUAUGUAAAUCGUGGAACCAUAAACAAGAAUGACGGCAAAUUUAUGUCAAGUGAUGACGUCAUCAUGAUUGUUGUCUUAUGAUUAAAACGUUGUGGGCCUAAAUACCAUAAUUCCACCCCAAGUGCACACUGUGGACCUCGCCCAGUGGCUUUCGUAUUUACACUGAUCACUUUGUUAUGCUUCCGAGAAACUAUACAAGAUUUUAUAUGAACUUCUUUGUCGUUUUGGAAAAAUGUGUUGACGGUUUUCAUACGGCGUAGUAAGUUGUUACCUGCUAGAUUAGCUUAAAACAUAAUUGGCUGAAUGAUUACCAAUAAGUAGUAACAUGAAGAUGCCAGGAUCAAUAUAGCCAUUAUGGCUAUUUUUUACAUUCGCCGCAAGCGAUAAACACAUUUAAUCAUGUUGUAUAUAUUCUUCCGCAUAUCACUUCUUUCAUAAAUGACAUUUAAGAUUGAAAUAUUC